AUGCAGCACUGGGAUACGACGACGGAUAAGUGGGUGAUGUUCAAGCGUGGCGGCGUACCUCAUCUGAUGAACAAUACUAACAACCGUCUCGAGUCGAAGUGGGGACGUAUUAAUGAAGUGAUGGACACCCACAUGACGAUUGACGAGCUGAUUUCUAUACUUACUACACUACAGGGGUACGCUGAAGAGCGAUAUCUGUCUGAAUGGCAUCGUGUGGGGAGUCGGGUGCAAAUAAAUGAAGACCGGGAGCUGAAAUCAAUUGGACAUCUCAGUACCUACGCAUUCCGAAUCGUGUCGGACCAGUACAAAUUGGCGGUGGGCCCCCAGGCUAACUACAGCAUAGAUAUGGACUGCGAGAAGACGAGGUUGACGAAUCCAGCCACAGGGACAGCACACGAGGUUGACCCACGGGGUGUGUUGAUCCAGCUUGCCACAUGCGACUGUAUCUUUAGUCAGACAUGUCUUCUACCAUGCCGACACGUUAUGUACGACCGCAGCAAGGCCAAUUUCGAGACUGUUAUACCGCCGCUGCAUACUUUCUCGUCCCGAUGGAUCGUACAGAGUCCGUCAAACAACAUUGAUGAUGGUGCUGUUGUUCCCGGUGGUCUCAACCGUGUCAGUUGCCCGCCAAUUCGUGUUCUCCCGCCUGUCGAUAGGGAUACCAAGUAUUGCCCCAGCAAGCAGAUUACCGACAAGAUCAACGAUGUUAUGUCGAUUCAACCUUCAACGACAUACCGCUUGGCAAUGCCCUGGGUGGAGGGCUUCCACACAGCGCGGCACGCUGGUAAACUAGAGGAAUUUCAAGGGCGAGGUUUGAUCCCGUCUUCCGCUGGACUUCCCAGCCUCUCCCAAAUCUCAGUAUCCGAUAGCGUCGCAAUAUCCCUACUAUCCUUUGCGGAGAGAAGUGCGGACGCCUUACUCGAAGACAAGGGGCCUUCUUCCGUUGUACAUGACACAAUCCGUGUAAAGAAGACCGCCGAGGCUACACGUGAUCUGCCGACAGCUUCGUUGAAGGCCUUAAGCGCGGAAGAUGGCAAGGGCUCAGCCUCGAGUGCUGUACAAGAUCGAGUGGAGUUUCAAGUGGAUAGUGUCGUGAAGCCGUUCAAGGACACGGUGGAUACAACAAAGGGUGACCACAAGGACGCUGUUGAAGACAUGAACCUAGGCAAAUGGCACAUCGGAAGGCACGUCCAAUAUGGCAGCGAGUUCCUCGAUUUUCGUGAGAAUUUGUGGUUGCACUCCAGUUCCAUUACCGGCGCUCUUUUCGCUCUAAGGGAGACGUACGAAGGAGUUGGCAUUGUCAAUCCGACGUUUUUGGACUUUGAUACGAUGGGCAAAGGUGUCGGACGGCCCGAUCCUUUGGAGCAGCGGACCCUGGUAUCAAGAGCGUCGUCAGUAUCGUCAAUCUCGGCUACCACUGGGUUGCAGAGCAACCUGACUUCACUGAAAAACGCGGUACGCACAGUUGUGGGGACGAUGCUGAACAUGACAGACCAGCUCCAAUUUGACGUUAUCUCCGGGUGUAAGCAGAUGGAUAACUCUUCCUGUGGGUUAUGA